AUGGAUCAGGAUUCCGAAAGCUGUUGGGUCAGUUUACCUGAUGUGUGUCUAGAGAAGGUGUUUAUGUAUCUCGGGGAUCGCAACAGAUUUAAUGCUGCUUUGGUGUGUAAAAAAUGGAAUAAAAUAAUGUACUCUGCUGUUCUUUGGAAGUCCAGGACAAUCAUUUUCAGAGGGAGAUCAUCUUUGUCUCAUACCACAGAAUACCAGUCUGCGAUAUGGUACAUCAAGAAAUUUGGGAGACUUUUGGAACAUCUGGAAAUCAGAUUUCUGAACUCCUAUAGUUUUUUCCUAACCCGAAAGUUCCAGAUUGCAAUGAAGACAAUAUUGUUACGUUUAUCCAGAACCAACAAGUGCCUUAAAUCUCUCUCAAUUCCACACCUAGAAUUGGAAAGGAUGGUUUGGAAAUCCAAAGUUAAGAAUGCAUUCGUCCACAGCCUUAGUCAUUUUCUGAGAAAAAAAGGGAGACACUUGGAAAGCUUCAACGUAAGAGGAGCCAGAAUGACUUUGGAACAUGGUUGCAGCAUUCUUAAAUCUUUGAGCUCCACGAGAAAUGUGGCCUAUGCAUCUGUGCUCAGCAUUGAAGAUCUAUUCAGCCACCAUAUAUCUGCUUACAACAGUGAUUUCUUCCAACAAACCAUGUCUGCCUUCCAAAAUCUAAAAACUCUCAGUCUCAAUUACAACUGUGUUUCAGAUAAGUUGCUAGACAUGCUACACGAGAACUGUAGCCAUUCUUUGACAUCGCUCAACAUUAAGUGCCAUAUUUAUGACCCACAUAUGCAUGUAGUGAAGGGUAUUUCCUGGAAGAAACUCGCCAAAGAAGCCAAAGAUCUGAAGGUCAACUUUUUUUUUGAAAGAGUGUUGUUAUUCAGCCGCCUGUCUGCUAUACUCCUUCCAGAGAUCCCUAUGGGAAGCAUUAGCCUAACAAGCUGUUACUUCCAUGACCCAGACUGGUUUGUGAAGCCUACACUUACUGACCUUCUUCCAAAUUACAGAAACACUUUACAGAUGCUGACUCUGGAGUAUAAUGACAUCCAUGAAUCUCUGGACGAGGUGCUGAUUGAACUGGUUCUUGAAUGUAAGAAGCUUCAUUAUCUUAAAGUAUGGGCCUUUCUAGAUGUCAGCUUUGUGGAAAUCAUUUUGCAGAAGCAAAUGGAAGGCAAAUGCUGUCUGACGACAUUCAAGGUCAGAGUUUACACACAAAGAUAUGACACGGCUGAAGAAGAUGGGGCACUUCAUGCCAUCUUCCUGAAGUACAUGGACAUCAUAAUUCCGAGGAUCAAUUAUUUCGUAAUCGCCUACCCCAUGGUGUGAGUCAAGCACCAGAAAAUGGAACCAACUAAUAAUAAAGCUCAGCCAUAUAGAACCUGCA